UCAGCAGCAGCAGCAAGUGCGGUGCGGCGACCUGAGCGGAGCCGAGAGGAGCUGGCUGUGUGCGGGCUAAACAUCGCACAGAUGAAGGCACCGUCUCGGAGAACCGUCACAUAUUCCUCCGCUUGAUUAUUGCUCCGUAGCAGACGACACUUCCCCUCCGUCCUCCCGCCGGCAGAGCGCCGUCGCUGCGGGUCUUUCAUUCGGAGGGGCCGGGCUGUUUUUCCUCCGGGAGGCUGAAUGGAAGCAGCAGCCGAGGGAGCGGUCGGGCUGUCGGAGGCCGGGGACGGGAGCCCGCUAUCCGGGGCCGCAGCAUCCGAUGAUGGGGACACGGUGGUCGGAGUGAGCUACGGGAUGGACGCCGCAGACAUGGAUGCUGCUGCUAAGAAAGCCUUCAUCACAGAGAUGCCCUCGUCCUCUGGCCUGCCUGGUCAGGGAAAGAAGAUUGGUCACAGAGGGGUGGAUGCAUCAGGAGAAACUACUUACAAGAAGACCACAUCCUCGGCCUUGAAAGGUGCCAUCCAGCUGGGCAUCGGUUACACCGUUGGCAACCUGAGCUCCAAGCCCGAGAGAGAUGUGUUGAUGCAGGACUUCUACGUGGUGGAGAGCAUCUUUUUCCCCAGUGAAGGCAGCAACCUCACUCCAGCCCACCAUUUCCCAGACUUCCGCUUCAAAACAUACGCUCCCGUGGCCUUCCGCUACUUCAGAGAACUGUUUGGCAUCAGGCCAGAUGACUACCUGUACUCCCUGUGUAACGAGCCCCUAAUUGAGCUGUCCAAUCCUGGAGCCAGUGGUUCAGUCUUCUAUCUCACAAAGGACGACGAGUUCAUCAUCAAGACUGUUAUGCACAAGGAGGCUGAGUUCUUACAGAAACUGCUGCCUGGAUACUACAUGAACUUGAAUCAAAACCCUCGCACUUUGCUGCCCAAGUUUUUCGGUCUCUACUGCGUCCAGUCGGGCGGGAAAAACAUCCGCGUGGUUGUGAUGAACAACGUCCUGCCCCGUGUGGUUCGCAUGCACCUCAAAUUUGACCUGAAGGGCUCCACCUACAAGAGGCGAGCGUCAAAGAAGGAGAGGGAGAAGGCCAGGCCCACUUUCAAAGACCUGGACUUCAUGCAAGACAUGCAGGACGGAUUGAUGCUGGACCUGGACACUUACAACGCGCUCGUCAAGACCCUACAGAGAGACUGCCUGGUGUUGGAGAGCUUCAAGAUCAUGGACUACAGCCUGCUGCUGGGCGUUCACAACAUGGACCAGGCGGAGAGGGAGAGGCAGAUGGAGGGCUCCCAGGGCGGCAGUGACGAGAAGAGGCCCGUGGCCCAGCAGAAGGCCCUGUACUCCACAGCCAUGGAGUCCAUCCAGGGAGGAGCAGCCUGCGGAGGGUCCAUCGACACUGACGACACGAUGGGCGGUAUCCCAGCUGUCAAUGGAAAGGGAGAGAGACUUCUUCUUUACAUCGGGAUCAUCGACAUCCUGCAGUCCUACAGGCUAAUCAAGAAACUGGAGCACUCGUGGAAAGCUUUGGUUCACGACGGGGACACCGUGUCGGUCCACCGGCCUGGCUUCUAUGCAGAUAGGUUCUUCAAGUUCAUGAGCAACACGGUUUUCAGGAAGAGUUCCUCUCUGAAGUCGUCUCCAUCUAAGAAGGGUCGAGUGUCUUUAAUGGUGCCUAAGUGCAUGGGUCCUGGUGCAGCCUGGUCAGCCAGCCAGCUGCCCUCUGAGAGGGAUGAGAACAUCUACGACCUGAGAGGAGCUCGCAGCUUCCCAACGCUGGAGGACGAGGGUCGACCAGAUCUUCUUCCAUGCACUCCUCCAUCAUUUGAAGAAGCCACCACAGCAUCAAUCGCCACCACUCUGUCCUCGACCACCUCUCUGUCCAUCCCUGAGAGAUCCCCAUCUGACACAGCAGAGAACCCCCGCUACAGGCGACACACCCAGUCUCUCAGCCAUGAUGGAAGGACCCAGGAGGAGCUGCGUGUGCGUGAGGAGGAUCAGCAAACCAUCACAGUGGAGGUGGAGUUGAAGAGACACGACAGUGAGCCCACCAUCUCUGUUCCACAACUUUCACCUCAACCCAGUGAUGUUCAGGAAGUAGCCGGCGCCGAGGCUCCCGAUGCAGCAGAGCCUUCCACCUGGUCAUCGGUACCUGAAGCAGUCCCAUCGUCUGCCCCAGCUGCUCCCUCCUCUCCUGGGGCAGCUGAGGAAGCUGCAUCCAGUCCCAAGUUGGUGGUGGUGGAGGCGGACCGGGCGAGCCAGGUGUCUGGCUCGGGCUGCACCAGCCAAGCUUCAGUUGAUGAUGACGAUGAUGUGCCAAUCACAGAUAUCUACUUUUUUCCUGAUGGGAGGACCUGGGUGGUCUCUCCUGUGCGACAGAGGAGGAAAUUCCAGUCCAGAAGGCCAGUAAGUGAGAUGCCUCCAGAGGACAGGACCUGGGUGUACUCUCCGCUACACUAUGGCUCAGAGUCUAAGGCCCUGCCAGAUGGGGAUUGGGAAAGAGAGACAUAAACCCUGUUCUCUGGCAGAGAGGAGCGGACUUCUCAGUGAAGAGGACUCUUUGGUUCUUUGGUCUGAAGUCCAGAACUCAGCGGUAGCAGCAGGAUCUUUUUCCCAACCAGGAUUUUAAACAGGCAUAGAGAAAACGAACACACCAAGAGAAAACAGUGACUGAAUACCAGAGGGGGGAGAAAAUUCUGACGGUGAUGAAACCCCUGCCUUUCACCCUUAACAAAUGAAAAUUAUAUAACUUUAAUGAAUAUGUGUUUGUGGGACAUAGUGCAUAUAUGUUUGACAUACAUGGAAGACAGUUGUACUGUUUGUUAUGUUCAACACUAGCACAGCCCUCCAACAGCUUCUAAACAGGCUUUUUCUACUCACUCCGCAGAGCCGCUGGUUUCCCAAUUAACAAUUUAUUUUUCUCAUAUCUUCACUGUUACUCAAUACAGAAACAUGGGCGUGUCUGUGAUAACAUAACAAUGCUGUAUGAUCGAGUUGUUGCCUUUGAUUUUCGGUAUUUAAACUUUGUUACUUAGAGAUCAUGUUUUUUUACAUAAAUGAAACCAGAUAAAUACGACAUUACAACAUGAAUAAUCCACAUGAAAAGUUGCAAAUAAGAGCUGCAAAAACUUCAAAUUAUUUUGUUGUUGCAAUUCUUGACAAAACCCGUAGACCCUGUUCAGACCUGGUAUCAAGAGACACAAAAACAAUAGAAAUCAUAAUGUUGUGGUCAGUGUUGAUAUUGUGGCCGCAAAACAAAUCAGCGUAUGGUCACUGAGAAGCGUAAAAAUACGUUUGAUUCAUUGUGAAACUGAGUCAGAUGUCCUUCAUAUGUGGCCCAGGACGGAUUUGAGAUCUCACAGAGAAAACAGUGUGGUCUGAGUUAUUGGAUCUGAAGAAGCAUUGAGGACACAUUUGGGUGCGUUCACACAGGGUUUUAGCACUUGAACAUUUGUGAUGGAAUCACUCAGGACAGAAGUUAAUACCAUGUCUAACCAGGGUCAUAGUUUCUGAAUUAAUCCAGAACAGAUCCAGAAUCUGAAAAUUAAUUAUAUAAUAAUGGGGCUCUGAUGUCUGUUUCAUUGCGCCCAUGAUCAUUAGCUCUUCGCUGCCGUUAGCAGUGAAUGAAAGAAAUAUUUUUAUUUGACCAUUUUCUGGUUUUAUCAAAUAAUCUAACAUUUUCUAAGACAGUUGUUCGUAAUUUGCUCUGAUGAUUAAUCCAGGACGUCUAAGUGCUCGUCAUCAUUGUCAGUGAAGACAAUGUGAAGCUAAGUCUUCCUGUGGCGGCUCCUCACAACUCCACUAACACUUGUAUUUACGAGACGCUUGACCAAUGGGGAGGAGCCUCCAUGGUGCUGCCCACGCCACCUGCAGAUUGCACUCGAAGAGCGAGUGGUGAAGCCUGAGGUGUUGGAGGUCUGUGCUUGUGAUCGUGGAACCGGAGUUAGAAUGAUAACCAUUGUUAGACCAAUCAAAAGAGACCAUCUAGACGUAGUUCAUCAUCCUCACAUUUCCAGUAGUGACAAUAAGCAGCUUAGUUUAUAGAAGAGAGAUUUGAAACACUUGAUUUCCUAUAGUGAAUAUACAGUGAUAAAAAGUUUUUGAAUACUUAAUAAUUUAUAAAUUAUAUCAUGUUUUUUGCAACAUUUAUUAUUUCUUAUCAUUUCUUUAGCUGUUAUUACUACUGUGAACUUUUAUUUAGUUCUUAUCUGUCUUUUUUUUGUUUUAUCUGUCUGUAUUUUAUUCUGUUCUUUCAAUAUAAACUGUUACUGGUACUUUUUACUUUAUAACGUUUUUUUUCUUUUCAAUUUGCAUCCAAAGAAGUUAACUUUUUGUUUUUAUAAUCUGUUCACUGCGGCUUUUCAGUAGUUUCCCAGUUUGUUUUUACGUCACGUUUUGUCGUGUAAGUUCAGUGUUAAUACUUUCUUCACUGCAUCUCUUGUGGAAACAGCUGAGACUUAUGACUAUUGCCUUCGAUAUAGACGGAGUUAACUACAACACUGAGGCAGCGGACUUGUCAGUCAGUACAGUGAUGAUCACAUCAUUACAGUGUCUUCCAGUGUUGCCCUAUUUUUGGACAAGACGCACACACAAAAAAAACGUCUUCAUUUAAACUAAAAAAAUGACUGAGGGUGAAGCCAACAUUUGUAAGAGUAGAGUUUCACUUCUGUUUCUUUGGGAGGUGGAAGAAUUAUCAGUAGAUGAGUGACAUUUGCUGUGUCCGAUAGCGGCACCUCCUCACAAUGACAAAUCCACUGACCUGGACAUUUCUGAUGUUUGUAGACGUAGAGCAGCAGUUGUCGUAUUUGCCGUCAAUAUCGUACCUGUUAUGUGUAUAUUACAACAAACAUGGUGCGUUGCAGUGAUGACUUGUUGAGACGCAGCGGUUUGUAAAAAAAAAAAAAAAAAAAAGGGUUGAACGUUGUUUGCACUUCUGUAGAGGACCUGAAAAUGAACUAGUGAUAGAGGCCAAAUAAACAUUACAUCACGAUAUCACACUUUCAGUUGUUCGAUAGAGUCUCUGCUCACAAAGCCUGGUGUUCAGACAGCGUUUAUUUUAUUAACUGUGUGUGUGUGAUGGUGAAUCACAGUCAUUGUAGGGUUCGUGUUUACUGUAGUCUCUCUGUGGCUGAUGUCUCUCAACUACGUUAAACUCAUUUAUUUAUUCCAACUUCAGAAGGUGUGUUUUUCAGUUGCUCUGUGUUUUAGUGUAAGGGAGGACACAUCCAUGUCAGACAUUGUAAAAAUAGAAGUCAGCUCAUUCUCAUGAUGUGCAGUGGCCAGUUGUAAUCACUUUGCUGUUGUUCAUCAGAUGGAAUCCAUAGCAGCAAUAUUUUGUACAGUCUUGCUUUUCAGUUCAUUUUGAUUGCCUUAUUGAGAGAUCUUACUUGUAGGCCUAUCGUUUGUACUUUUUUUUUUUUUUCUUCCACGUCCUGUUGUAUUUAUUUUCUUUCUCAUAGUUGUGCUCCUGAGAAUGUGUACAUAAAAUUAUAAAUACAUAUAUAAAGAUAUACAAAUAUAUUUUCCAUUUGAAUCGGAGAAUAUUAUUUUUAUUUGGUUUUAUUUUUGCUGCUGGGCAAGAGACGAUUGCAAUCUUCAUGAUUUACUGUAUCAUAUUCCUCAGUGUGUUUAUUGAGACGCAGCUGCUGUAUAUUUAUGGUCUAUAAACCACAGCUGUUUCUUUGUAAGAUAUCCAAACGUGGAAACGAUUUGUGGGGUUUUCUGUACAUGCAAAUCAGUAGGGAUUCUUCCAACUGUUCAGCUGUGUUGUGUACGUGUUUUCAAAUCGCGGUGUGCCCUCAUCCAAUAGGGAUAUACCUUUGCAGAGACAUAGCAUGAUUUCAAAAUGAAUAUGCAUAUCAGAAAUGUGUAUUUAUGUAUAUCUGUGUAUAUUCAUCUAUUUAUACCUGAGGAUAAAUAGAUGGCUGUAUGUGUGUGUGUGUGUGUUUGGACUCAAUCAGAAUGAAUACAAAAUAAAGAAGUUCUAUGAA